AUGACCUACAACAGCGGCUCCAACAACACACAAAGUAGCACCAACAAACCACACCUGCAAAUCCAACAAUUACAACUGAAGCUCCAACAACAACAACUGAAGCCCCCACCACUACUACAGUGGCUCCAACAACCACCACAGCCGCUCCAACAACCACAACUGCUGCCCCCACAACUACAACAGCCGCUCCCACAACCACAACUGCAGCGCCAACCACUACAACUGAAGCUCCAACAACAACAGUGGCACCAACAACCACCACAGCUGCUCCAACAACCACAACUGCUCAAACAACAACAACUGAAGCUCCCAAAACUACAACAGUGGCUCCAACAACCACAACAGCGGCUCCAACAACCACAACAGCGGCUCCAACAACCACAACUGCUGCCCCCACAACUAGCGCUUCAGCUCCCACCACAACAGUGGCUCAAACAACUACAACUGCAGCUGCCACGACCACAACUGCAGCUCCUACAAAAACUACUGCAGUUCCCAUGA